CAUAUGAAAUCCUUCAAGGUUACUGUUGCUGGUUAUACGAGACUACUGGUAUGUCUAAACAAGAUUUGCUGUAACCAAUUCAACAUGGUAUUUGCACUGUCCCCAGUUUAACUUGUCACAAUGAGUGGGUGUGAACCAGAAGAUUCUUUGCGUAAAUCACAGAGAUACAAAGAACAGUUAAGAGAGGCUGUAAACACAAAUGAUACAGUUGAGGUAGAAAGAAUUCUUCAGGAGUAUGUGGAAUGGGGGCACGACCGUUUGCCAAAUUGGAUAUGGGUAGAACUCUGUGAGGCUGCUCUUAAGAACAGAUGUCUGCCUAUGGUGGAAUUGUUGCUGCCGUCAGUCAGAAUUUCUAACAACUUUGUAGAUGUUGAUACCAAUAUAAAACUGAUAGAGGCGGCAAUAAAAUCUGAUUUCAUUGAGGGUGUUAAAUUUCUCCAAUCCAAAGGAACACCUCUGUAUUUUGCACAUUCAACAUCAAGAUACAACUGGAGUGCCCUCACUGAGUGUGUCCUAAACAAUAGCGUCGAGGUGUUAAAAUAUCUUCUUGAACUCAAAUAUCCAGAUCAAAACCCCGAACAAGAGGAAAUGUUAUUAAUGUUAUGUUGCCAACAUCUAAAUAUUGAAAGUUUGAAGAUUUUGUUGAUCAGCGAAUUAAUAAAUACAAUAAAUCAACAGAAAACACAUCGUCAAUAUUCUGCCCUACAUUAUUGUAUAAGUGGUAAGGAAUGGUUGUGGGAAUAUGGUUUUGAUGAAAGGAAGCCGGAGAGAGUUCUUGAUUGUGUACAAUUAUUGGUGGAGUCAGGGGCGGAUGUUAAUCUAGAAGAUAUUGAUGGGAAAACGCCCAUCCAACUGGCUGCUGAAAGGGGUAUGGUGACAACGGUAAUAUAUUUGGCAGAAAGAGGAGCAGAAAUUAAUAUUGGAAGCCAUCAAGGUACUCUUUUUCAUUGUCUUGCAGAAAGUGGCCAUAUGUCAGAUUCGUACGAUGAAUGUGUUCAGCUAUUAAUAACGAAAGGGGUUGAUAUAAACAAACUGAACUUAUCCAAUAAAACUCCGCUGUAUUUAGCAGUUUGUAAAGAAAAUGAAGAGAUGGUGAAGUCAUUAAUUAAAUCAGGUUGUGAUGUCAAUAUUAAAGUAGGCGACGAAUCUGUAUUAAUGACGUCAAUACGACGACGACGGAAAACGAUCUCUGAAAUACUGAUUCAAGCUGAGUGUGAUGUUAACACCCCUGAUAAAAACGGUGUUACACCUUUAAUGGAAUGCAUACAAACUGAUAACCAAGUUUUAGUCAAACAACUUAUUGACCACGGUGCAUUUGUGAAUGCUAAGGAUAACAAAGGAUGUUUUGUAUUAGAGUAUUUGCGUUUUUACUACCAUCAGAAAGGUCGAUCUAGUUCAGCAGAUACUGUUAAGAUAAUGAUAGAUGCUGGGGCUGAUAUACAUAAAUGUAAUAAGCUGUUGUGCACAGCAAUAAAUGCUGAAGAUUAUGAAUCGGCUUCGAUGCUUAUUGAACACGGCAUCAAUGUCAAUACGGUUGGCGGAAAUGGGGAUAAUCCCCUCGCUCUUGCUUCCGAAAAAGUCAAAUUAGAAUUAGUGAAAUUGCUGACGACAAAAGACUGUGAUAUAAAUCACCAAAAUCUACGAGGAGAAACAGCGUUGCACAAAGCUAUAGAAGGUUCGAUACAUCAUACUUAUUAUCACGACAAGGAGAAAAUAAUACAAACGUUGUUACUACAGAAUGGAAUGAACGUGAAUCUUAGUGACGUCGAUGGACGAACCGCCUUGACCAUGGCAGUACGUAAUGGAGAAAGGUCUAUUACCGAAGAUUUAUUGAAAGCUGGUGCCGAUAUAGACCACUGCGAUACGAGUCGACAUCAAACCCCAUUGAUAAUAGCAGUUACGAAUCAUGAUACUGUUAUGGCAAAUAUUUUGCUAAAAGCUGGUGCCGAUCUGAAACCGAGGGAUGGAUCUGGUAGAAAUGCGAUACACCUUGUGGCACUCUUAAAUGUUUCACUGAAUUUAGAUGAUUUACUUAAAUAUUCAAAUUUGAGAAGUGAAGCAGAGAGUACCCUGAAUGCCACAGAUUUAUAUGGUAAAACAUCUUUGAUGGUGGCAGCAGAAAGAAAACCUAGAGCUAUGGUAAAAGAACUGCUCAGAGCUGGCUGUAAUAUCAACCUACAAGACCAGGGUGGUAAGACGGCGUUGAUGUUUGCUAUUGACAACAAGGAUGAAACUAUUUUAUCACUUCUAUUACAGAAGAGUGCCGACUAUAAUAUUUGUGAUAACAAUGGCCAAACGGCGUUGAUGGUGGCGGUUGAAAAACAAAAAGAAAUUCUAUGUGAAAAUUUGUUGACAUUUGAUGCAUCUGUAAACCAUGUUGAUAAUAAUGGAAAUACAGCAUUGGCGGUUGCCGUCAAAAUGAACAACGAAAAGAUUGUAAAUAGUUUACUGAAAGCUGGAGCAGAUGUUAAUCACGGUGACAAUAUUGGAGUAACACCACUUAUGAAUGUAAACAAUCGAUCGAUUUUCGAAAGUUUGAUGAAGGCUGGAGCUGAUAUUAAUCAGCGUGAUAACAAUGGAAGGACUGCUUUGAUGACUGCAGCACGAAACUGUAAUAGUACUAUUUUAGAAUGUUUACUACAAGCUGGAGCUGAUGUUAAUAAAACUGAUACACAUGGAAGAUCAGCAAUACAUGCAAUAAUGGUUGGUCGUGGUAGGGGUCGGAAAUGGAUAAACAGUCUAAAAUUACUUUUGAUAAAUAAAUGUCACGUCUCUCUUGAUACCCCAGGAGAGGAUGGAAAAACGUUAUUCCAAUGGUUACUGGAAAGAAACAAUGAAGAUCUCAUAUGGUAUCUUGUUACAGAAAAUUGUUCUCUCGAAGGUUUGGAUCUUUCAAAGGUCAAAGAUAAAUUUCAAUUUCCCGAUGUCUUGAUGCUUUCUAAAAUUCUUUUUGAAAGUGGUGCACCGAAGAGUGAAAUAGAGACCAUUAUUUUGUUAUCAGUUUUAAAUACUGGUUUUUCGCGUUCCACAUAUAAUCUGGGAGAAUCUAAAGAUAAACAACUUGAUGAAUUCCGUGGUUUCUGUAAAUCCAGAAGUUUAAAGUCAAGAUGUAGAAGAGAAAUCAGAAAUUGUAUCGGAUCAGGAAUCAGCAGUAAAAUAUCUCAAGUUGGUUUACCAAAAUAUCUACAAGAUUAUGUCGUCUUGAAAGACUUGAUACCAGAGAAAUACUUUACUCUUGCAAUAAACGAUAAAGAUGACGACGACAGGACCGAUAAUAUUGAUGGACUAAUGUUUGCAUUGAUGGCAUCCAGUGCUUUUCCCAUUUAUGGUGGAUACAAUUCUGAUGACAGCUAUGAUGGAAAUUAUUAUUAUGAACCAGACUACUAUUCUGACAAUUAUUAUGAUUAGUCUAACUUAAGACUUUAUAACCGUGACUUUGAGCGGAUGUGACGUAUUAGAUCAGGUUAUCUAGGCUAGGAUCAACAGUACAUCUUUUAUUAUCGUGUACGUAAUAGAUCAUUACUUACUCAUAUGUUACUUCUCAAUUAAGGAGUUUAGGUUGCUAGAAAAUGUGUGCCGUUAUUUUGUAUUUGAAAGGAGACUGUGUUUGACACAUUGCCGCUGUUUUACUUGAAGAAACCCAACUUGCGUUUAUAAAUAAAGUCUAAAUAGAAUAGAAUUUCUGAUUAAACAUUUUAUAACAGUCUGAACACAGAUCUAUACAUAUGGUGAUAAUACAGCUCUCAUUUAGUUUUCGAGCAAUAGUUUCGUACGAUUUUAUAACUGCACAGUGAAUAAGACGAGACGCCGCUCAACCGGACAGAAUCCAUUAAAAGCUAAGUUUGAAGGGGGUUGGGGGCAAAUGAACGCCCCCGCCCCAACCAUCUUUUAAUAGUUCGAACCUCAUUUGUUUAAAACAACUUUUGUAAAUCACAUGUCCUUGUUAGAACUUUCUGGGUUCAUUUCUUAUGAGAACCAACACCCAUCUUACGCGAAGUAACGGAACGAUCCUUUUGGUCGGUCAGCUGGAACACAUACAAUACCACCUUAAUUCUACCAUGGACCUAUAAUGUAUUAUAAGGUCCAUGAUUCUACAACCCGGUGGUCAGCUUAAAUACAUACAACAGAAUAGAUUACCUGCGUUAGUUUUACUGUCAAUUGAAACAGUGCUGACUACAUAACAUGGGUAUUGUUGCUUUUGCACAUUCGCUUAAUUACUUUUUCCAUUUCACAUUUUAGAAUAAUUGUAUUAUGCUUGAAUUUUUUUAAAACUGUGUUUUAAUUUCAAAUACAUAAAAAUAUAAUUUCUUUGUC